CGCGGCCCGGGCCCGAUCGCUGCUGCCGGGCUCAGGCUGCCCCACGCGCCUCGCGCCGCCGGGAUGCUUUUCUAUUCGUUCUUCAAAUCCCUGGUGGGGAAGGACGUGGUGGUGGAGUUAAAAAAUGAUCUGAGUAUCUGUGGGACCCUCCAUUCUGUGGAUCAGUACUUGAACAUCAAGCUGACCGACAUCAGCGUGACGGAUCCAGAGAAGUACCCCCACAUGCUGUCGGUGAAGAACUGCUUUAUCCGGGGCUCCGUGGUGCGCUACGUGCAGCUGCCGGCGGACGAGGUGGACACGCAGCUGCUGCAGGACGCCGCGCGCAAGGAGGCGCUGCAGCAGAAGCAGUGACCCCCCCCCCCAUGUCCCCCCUCCCUCCCUGCUGUAGGGGGUGCAGGGCGGAGACCGUC